AAAGUUAUAAUAAGAAUUAAAAAACAUCAUCUGAUCGAGGUUUGUAAAAUGAAAAUCGCUCAAAGAUUCUUAUUAUCCAUUAGAUAUGCUCAUUCUUCUAAUAAAACUGAAAAUAUAGGGUUUAUUGGAAUAGGAAAUAUGGGAUAUCCUAUGGCUCAAAAUAUUUUAAAACAUGAUAAAUUGAAUAAGUAUAAUUUAGUAUUAUCGGAUAAUUCUCAAGAUGUAAUGAAACAAAUUAAAAAAGAUUUUGAUAAAAAUAGAUGUGACGUAGUUGAUACACCUUGUCAAGUUGCAGAAAAAGCCCUUCAAAUAAUCACUAUGUUACCUGAUGGUGAUUGUGUUGAAGAAGCUUAUUUAGGCUCUAAUGGAUUAAUUAAAAAUCUGACCAAAAAUCAUUUAUGCAUAGAUAGCAGCACAAUUUCACCUUCAACAGCUCUAAAGAUAUCAAAAAUAUUAAAGAAAGAAAAACAAGCAUCAUUUAUUGAUGCCCCUGUAUCUGGAGGAGUUCCAGGUGCCGUAAACGCUACAUUGACAUUUAUGGCAGGUGGGAGUGAUGCUGACGUGAAAAGGGCUUCUGCCAUAAUAACACCUUUUAUGGGGAAAAAGUUGUUUCAUUGCGGUAAAGAGGUUGGCAGUGGGCUAAGCGCCAAAUUGUGCAACAAUAUGUUGCUCGCAAUUUGCAUGAUUGGGACAAGCGAAGCCCUUAAUCUGGGGCGCACUUUAGGAUUGGAUCCCAAAGUCUUGACCGAUAUCAUAAACGAAAGCACCGGAAAGAAUUGGUGCUCGAGUAGUUACAACCCCGUGCCGGGUAUGUUAUCCGGCGAAUACGCCAACAUUCCCCCUAAUCUGGAUUACGCCAAGGGCUUCAGAGUGUCUCUCAUGUGCAAAGAUCUAACGCUAGGCCAGAACAUAGCCAACAAUAAAAGCGUGUACUGCCCUCUCGGAAGCGUGGCGCACCAGAUUUAUAAAUAUCUCAACGCUAACCCCGACGCGUCGCAAAAGGAUUUCGCCUACGUUUAUCCCUUUAUAUCCGGAAAAUUGUUGGGAAGAAAACAUUAAUAAUUUCCGCCUGGAUACUUUUCCCCAACAAAACUAAACAAACAAUAAUUUAAAUUUAUAAUUUAAUUUUUUAAUUAAUGAAAUCAAAAUUUGAUAUGUAUAUUAUUUUUUUGAUAAUCUCCUUUUAGUAAUUAUAUUUAUCGCCGGAAGUUGUCACUAUUGGUUAUAUAAACUCUGGAUCAUGCGCAUAUAGCCAAAACGUUGACAAUGAUAAAAGUUUUUUCUAAUUGCUCAAAGCUAACUCCGGUGCACCCCUGGAGGAUUGUGCCAACGUGCAUUCCUUUUCUUGCUGAGAAAAUUGUUUUAUUUCAAGGCUACGCAUAUAAAUAUAUUGAUUUUCUUUCCGUCUUUUUCUUUUGACACCAAACAAAAAUUUACUUUUUUUUUUAAAGAGAAAUUUAAUAUUUUUUAUGUUUUAUUAUUAAAUUAGAUACGUAUUACUUAUUUUUUGAUAUGUAUUACUUAUUUUUUGAUACGUUGAUAUCGCUUCCUUGUUCAUUAGUAUUAAAUUAUAACCGGUGACAGUAUUUCAUUUUUUUUUA